AUGCUUGCAGCUGCCGUCCGCCGCAGCUCGCCUGGUCUCCAGGCCGUUUCUCGACGCAGCAGCUAUAUACAGAUUGGAAACUUCGUUCACAGGAGGCAAUUGGCACGAGAGAAAUUCCAGCGCUCAAUAUGCCAGAGAAGCAGCCAGUUCCACAGCUCGCCCUUUUCGCGACAGCAGCACCAGGACAAUGAGAGAAUCACAUCGGUGCUCGAGCAAUAUAAAAGCUCCGUUGAAUUCCCGAGCGCUACACAUUCCUUUGAGCAUCUAUUACGAAGCGCCAAUGCCGGCGAUACCGUCGUUCUCCAUGGCUAUCUUGGGCCUCGGGCAGAUCUUUCGAAAAAGCUAUCCUUUGUACGAUUGACGGAUCCAACCAUGCGACAAAACAUUCAAAUCAUAUCGUCUGCCAAAGAUGAUGCGCAUAAUAAAUUAAAGUCGAUGUCAGCAAACAGCCCUGUUGCCAUCCGCGGGACCGUCCAGACGAAAAAAGGCAGCACUGGGGAACGGGAAAAAGUCGAUGUCGAGAAGAUCGACAGUCUAGAGAUCAAGCUGGUGGAUAUUUGGCCGCUCAAUGACUUUUCAAAAGAUAUAAUAAUGACCCCUGAGACGGUGUUCUCGGCAGAACAAAGAUACUUACAGCUUCGUUCGGACCGAAGUCUACGAGAGGCGCUUCGCUUUCGCUCUGAAGCUCGCAGGGUGAGCAGGGAAGAGCUCGAAGGAUGCUCGCCGCCAUUCGUCGAGGUUGAAACGCCUCUUCUGUUCAAAUCAACUCCAGAGGGCGCACGGGAGUUUUUGGUGCCAACCCGCCGCAAGGGUCUGGCAUAUGCUCUGCCUCAAAGCCCUCAACAGUACAAGCAAAUCCUCAUGGCAAGCGGUAUUCCAAGAUACUACCAGUUUGCUCGCUGUUUUAGAGAUGAGGACUUGAGGGCAGAUAGACAACCGGAGUUUACUCAGCUUGACUUGGAGAUGUCCUUUGCAACCGGUGAAGAUGUCAUGAAAAUCAUUGAAAAUGUGAUACGAAGACUGUGGUCCACAUUGCUCGGUGAGACGUUGACACAGCAGCCAUUCCAAAGGCUGUCUUAUCAAGAUGCCAUGGGUCGUUUCGGGUCAGACAAGCCAGACACUCGUUUCGGAAUGGAGAUUGUCCGCGUUGACUAUAUGCUGCCUCAAGACUUGAUACAAAAAAUCACGCCCAUCACAAACCCAAUCGUGGAGGCAUUCAAAUUGUCAAGCGAGGAAAACAGCCCUGCCCAAACGUUGGAAUUUAUCACCCGGUUUUUGGAUUCACCCGCUGGCGCUGAGUUCAAUCAAAAUCCAGAUGGAGGCCCGGGGAUCUUCGUUUAUGAUUCCAAAAGGCCAUUGUGCGGGCUUAUGCCUUUUGGCUUUGAAGCCGCCGAGCGUGUCGAGGAGCUCAUAGAGCCUGAUCACGGUGAUCUCAUUGUUUUACAAGCACGAAAGAACGUCCCAUUUUCAGGGGGCUCUACGCCUAUCGGCGACCUUCGUAAAGCCCUUCACUGGGAAGCCGUUAAAACCGGCAUCAAAGAAGCACCCAGCGGCUUCGACUUUUUGUGGAUUGUCGACUUUCCUCUUUUCUCACCCACAAACGAAAACGAACCGGGUCAAGGCGGUGCGGCCGGUCUCGCAUCCACGCAUCAUCCUUUCACAGCACCAAAGUCCGCCGCUGACGUUGAUUUGCUGCUGACAGACCCGGCUGCGGUGGUAGCUGAUCAUUACGAUCUGGUCGUCAAUGGCGUUGAGCUUGGCGGAGGAAGCCGCCGUAUACAUGACGCUCGUGUCCAGGAGAUCGUGUUCAAGGAUAUCCUUCAGAUGCCGGACUCGCGCGUCUCAGAGUUUUCCCAUCUGCUGGAAGCGCUCAAGGCAGGCUGUCCUCCUCACGCAGGUAUUGCCCUGGGCUUUGAUCGGCUGAUCGCCGUCAUGUUGGGCAAGGAGUCGGUCCGCGAUGUGAUUGCGUUUCCCAAGACUGGGAAGGGAGAGGACGCUAUGGUCAGCUCUCCGGGCAAGAUGUCUGAAGAAGCUUUGGCGACAUAUCAUCUUCACUUGAGAGAUUGA